UUCGACCUCCUCAUUAAGUUUGACGCACCUCUUCUUCAUCCUCCCUUCCACCAGCUUUCUCGGCUGGCAGCUGCGCGCCAUGAACUCCACUCUGUUCAUCAUCGGCAUCAUAGGAAACAUCAUCUCGGUUCUGGUCUUUGUUUCUCCCAUCCCCACAUUCUGGAGGAUCGUGAGGAGCAGGUCGACGGAGGACUUCGAGGCGGCGCCGUACGUCCUCACGUUGCUCAACACAUUGCUAUGGCUAUACUACGGCCUCACCAAGCCUGACGGCCUGCUCAUCGCCACAGUCAAUGGCUUCGGCGCUGUCAUGGAGACCAUCUACAUCGUCCUCUUCCUUGUCUACGCGGCCGAUCAUGCCAAAAGGGUUAAAACCACAAAGUUGGCGGCAGCUUUGGACAUUGGAUUUUUUGGGGUCGUGUUCGCGACCACAACAUUCGCCAUUCGUGGGCUUGACAUGAAAAUCGUGGUCAUUGGAUUGAUAUGUGCUUGCCUUAGCGUGUUCAUGUAUGGGUCCCCACUCGCUGCCGUGAGAAGGGUGAUCACCUCGAGGAGCGUGGAGUACAUGCCCUUCUUCCUCUCCUUCUUCCUCUUCCUCAACGGAGGCGUCUGGGCCAUGUAUGCCAUACUCGACAAAGAUGUCUUCCUCGGGGUCCCAAAUGGGAUAGGUUGCUUCUUGGGAGGUAUCCAGCUGGUUAUCUACGCGGUGUAUAGGAACAGUAAGGUCGGCUGUCAGUCUCAGGGCACUCACGAAGCAUCAUACGAUGCUUCGACAUCUCUUCUGUCCUCCUAUGCCGGCACACAUGGCCAGAACGAUGUAUCCACUCAUGUUUAGUGAUUUCGAACGAUGUGCCGAAAUAUUACUACUAUAGUGAUUGUGUAAAAUUAUGUAAUUUUUCGUAGAGUGAAGUCCAAUUUUUACCUCUACUUGAUAUUUGUAAAGCUAGCUAGGUAAGUUUUCAUCUGAAUACCCUAUUUAACAAAAGUUUUGCAAGUUUGUAUCCCAAUUACCGAAAGUUUUCCCUG